CUCGGAGCACACACGGCCCGACAAGUCAUUGCAACCUGCCUCACCUUUCAAUCAAUGUCCAAGUACAGUAAUUCCUACUUUAAUUUCCUCCCACGACGAUCCAGCGUGGGGUUUACGAAAAUUGUCCUUGCCGAGUUCAGCAUUUCGGUCGUUUAGUCUUUCAGUCUCGGGGUGGAAAGAUAGUCAAACGGAGUGUCAUUCUGGCGACACCAUGGGGCCUUGUACGCAACACGUCUGACCCCUAUCUUUAUUUUGAGUAUUUCUGAGUGUACAAAAGCCUUUGUCGGCAACUCCCAGAGGUAGUUCGGUUGUGGCCGUAGUGUGCUCGCGAUCGCAUGGGACUCAUUAUCCGGACGACGACGCCAAUGCAGUACAGACGCCAAUAUUCACCAAUGCAGCGACACUGAGGUUGACGAACGGCUUUCGGGAAAGCAGCCGACAUGGACACAAUGACUGGUCAGCACAGCGUGGCCGAAGAAUUCAUCACCCCGACCAACGCCUCGUUCACCGGCCUGACCGAGCGCGACGAGUCCGGUGAGUUCCUGCAUGGAGAGCGCGACGCUUUCCGGGCCGUGCUGGUGACGUUCUUCGUGCUCUCUAUGGCCUGGGGCAACAUCGGUAACCCGUUGGUUAUGGCGACUAUACUGACACGCCGCAAGCUUCGUCAGAACGUGGCUAAUAUCUUCAUCUUCAAUCUGGCCAUUGCUGACUUCUGCGUCACUUCGUUUGUGGACUUGUCUUACGUACUUGGUAACCUCAUUCCAGGCCUGCUCAUGGAAAACCGUGUGUUCUGCAGCUUUGCCGCCUCCAUCUGUAUCAUCAGCUGUACUUGCUCCCUCUGGAGCAUCACCGCCAUCAGCAUCAACCGCUACAUCUGCGUGGCCAAGAGCUCCAUCUACCAGAGGGUGUACACGCGGAGGAACACACUUCUCAUGGCAGUUGCUCUCUGGCUACUCUGCUUCAUGAUCGACUUCCCGAACUUUGUCGGUCUUGGGGCGCACAUCUUCGACGCCAAGAAGAGAGGCUGCUCCUUCGACCGACUGGGGCAUUAUGGGUACACCUUAUACUUCAUCGGGAUGGGCGUGGUCACGCCCAUGACUAUUGUCGUCGUCUGCUACAUCAAGACGUUUCUGUUCGUCAAGGCGCAUAACACGAAGAUUCAAGCAUGGAAGUCGGAGUCAGCAUCAAUGGGGCGCAUCAUGGCCCCCGCCCCGUCCAACAAACCCAUCGACACCCGCCUCCUCAAGACGGUAGUCGUCAUCUUCAUCGUCUUCCUAGCCUGCUGGACUCCCUAUACCAUCAUUGUGCUGUCCGAUUUACACAACUCGUACCCAGAUGAGUUGUACGUGGCUGCCAUCAUCUUUGCCCAUGCCAAUUCCAGUAUGAAUAGUAUCGUCUACGGCAUCAUGAAUCGUUCGUUCCGCGAGGGUUACAAGCGACUGAUCAGGUCGUUGACCCGUGGUCAUCUGUGCAACGGUAACCCGCUCCAAGGAUCCGACGACACGGACAACAGGACAUCCAACAUGUAAAUCAACUACAACUACAGUGCAGCGCUCACGUGCAUGACGCGCAUGACGCGCAUAACGCGCAUGUCUUAAUUAAUUUGAGACGCAUGUGAAAUUUGUAAAUCUUAUUGGACGAAGAAGCACUGAAUGCGCGCGCGUAACACAUGCGCAGUAUGGCUUGCUACUUGUCAGAUUAUGAGAGUCUGAUGACACCCUGGAUAUAAUUUUCAUUUCGCUCCAGAUACUGGUACUGGUUAAGCUGGGUUUUUUUUUUCAGACGCAGCUGACAGAUAGAGACAUGUACCUAUGUUGAUGUGUCGCACUAUGACUUCGCGGUGUCACUGUUAAAUGUUAAUGUUAAUUAAUUCAUGGUGCACAACACAAAGUUACUAAAAAACAUACUUAAUUUUAUUCACAUGUUUUAUUCAUGAAUAUCGGCAACAAUCAAUACAAUCGAGCAAGAUCCGUGCCUGUCAUUAAAAAUCAACAGCGAGCAUUAAUGCUCGGCCUAUUUUACCAAUGUUACAGAGAGGGUAGCGGGUAAAACACGCACGUUGAGGGCGCUGUUUAUAUACCCAGGCAAGGCCGCUUAGCUUCUAUUUUUUUCACAGUAACCGAACGUUUAAACAUAUGACUUGACAGUUUGUGCGCUGAACGAAAAACCAUAAAAUAUUAAAGCACAACAUUAAUUACUGAUGAGAACCGUCUCAAUCAUUCAUUAUUUAUUACCCAAGGUGCCUUCAUUAUAAGGAUGUGUGGUCCUUAUAAUGAAUUUUGAAACAGAGAUUAUAGACAAUUACUGUCUUGCACACGUCGAACUCAAAAAGGAGUGGUUAUCGUUUGCGACCUUUGAAUGGUUGACAGAACAGAUCGACAGACCGACAGUGUGACCGACAGACAAA